ACUCCUCCACUCCAGCUCAAGCAGCAGCAGCUAGCUCAGCUCAGCUCAGCUCGAUCGUCCUCCCGAUCCACCCGGCCCCGUGUGCUCCAUCUCGCUCCACUCACGAGCUAGCUUGAGCGGCGGCAAACGGCCGGCACGAAGGAGAUGAUGAGCGGGAGGCUGAACGUGGCCACGUCCGCCUCGCCGGGCGACGACUUCCCGUUCGCGUCCAUGCAGCAGCAGCAGCAGCCGCCGCCUCCUCCUCCGCCUCCGCCCUACGUCGGGUUCGAGCACGGCGUGGCGGGCGGCGGCGGUGGCCAGCGCGGCGCCGGAGGGAUGGGGAUGCAGCAGCAGCAGCACCUCUACGACGGGCUCGACUUCGCCGCGGCGCUGCAGUUCCAGCAGGAGGCGCCCCACCACCACCACCACCAGCUGCUGACGCUGCCGUCCAGCCUCGGCCCGAUGGCGCCGCCGCCGCUGCCGAUGCCGAUGCCGAUGCCGCUGCAGAUGCCGAUGCCGAUGCCCGGGAUGCCCGGCGGCGACCACGUGUACCAGGCGCUCGGGAUGGUGAAGCGCGAGGGCGGCGGCGGCGGCGGCGCGGACGCCGGGAGGAUCGGGCUCAACCUCGGCCGCCGCACCUACUUCUCCCCCGGGGACAUGCUGGCCGUGGACCGGCUCCUGAUGCGGUCCCGCCUCGGCGGCGUGUUCGGGCUCGGCUUCGGCGGCGCCCACCACCAGCCCCCUCGCUGCCAGGCCGAGGGCUGCAAGGCCGACCUCUCCGGCGCCAAGCACUACCACCGCCGCCACAAGGUCUGCGAGUACCACGCCAAGGCCUCCGUCGUCGCCGCCGGCGGCAAGCAGCAGCGCUUCUGCCAGCAAUGCAGCAGGUUUCACGUGCUGUCAGAGUUCGACGAGGUUAAGAGGAGCUGCAGGAAGCGGCUGGCCGAGCACAACCGCCGCCGCCGGAAGCCGGCCACCACCGCGUCAUCCAAGGACGCCGCGUCGCCGCCGGCCAACAAGAAGCCCAACGGCGGCUCCAUCACAAGCUCUUACUCCACCGACAACAAGAACCUGAGCACGGCCAAGUCGACCAUGUCAUCGAACACGAGCAGCGUGAUCAGCUGCCUGGACCAGGCCGGCAACAAGCAGCAGCAGCUGGCGAGGCCGACGCUGACGCUCGGCGCGUCGCAGGACAACAAGGACCAGCACCAGCACCAGCAGCAGCUGAGCACCAUGCUCCAGGUCCAAGCGGCCGGCGGCGGCCACCACCAGGAGCAGCACUUCCUAACCUCUCUGCAGGUUCACAACAAUGGCGGCUGUGGGGGUGGCAACAACAACAACAUCCUGUCGUGCUCCUCGGUGUGCUCCAGCGGCGCGCUGCCGUCGUCGGCCAACGGCGAGGUCUCGGACCAGAACACCACCACCACCACUACCAACAACGGCAACGGUGGCAGCAGCAACAACAACCUGCAUAACCUGUUCGAGGUGGACUUCAUGUAGACCGUACCGUACGUAGAGAGAUCAUCAGAGAUGCAAAGCAAGCAAGCACGGGGAGUACGUUCUUCUGUCAAAGGUGUCCUUGGUGUGUAUCAGUGUAGGUAAAAGGAAUAGGAGAGAGAGUGAGAGAGCAAAAAAGGCAUGAAGUGGGAGGAGAAACAAGGAGGGAGAGAGAGAGAGAAAAAAAAAAGGAUGCAAGGAUUCCAUCCAUCCAUCCAUCACACUCCAUCAGUAGCUAGCAGCAAGCAGCAGGCCUGUCUGCAGCAGGCUGUGCUGGUCUAGCAAAGGUAGCUGCUGCUACCUCUUGUUGCAAGGUUCCAUGGCUAUAGUUGCAGCCAUGCAUCCCGGAAGGCCCCCCCUUGCAGUGGCUGGCUCUCUCUACCCUCUGCAGCUGCAGCUGCACCCGUUGCAAGCUCUACCUUUCCAUUUCAAGCAGAGGGAAUAAUGUGUCUGCUACGGAGUAUUUCACUUGUUGUUUCUCUACUAGUAGUUUUCUUUUUACUUGUUGCAAGGUGCUGCAUGAGGGUGUAGUGUGUUGAGUGUUGUACUAAUACCAAACUGCCUGUGUUGUUUUACACUGUCUCCAGCAAUUAACAGAUGAGAGAUGACUUUGAGCUA